UAUUUUAAGGUAUCAACACUGAUGUUUUUCGCGGAAGAGAGUUUCGAACCUCUACUGCUCAAGGUCCUAAACGGCAUUUCUGAGGAGCCUCCUAAUUACGGACCUUCCUGCAUGAUUGUCUACGCUGUCGAACUUGGCUCUAAUGUAGUGCUGUUGUGCGGUAUAAUACGGAACGACCUCAUACUGCUUCGUGUCUACAUGUACUUUGCCUUCGGAGUCCUGACGGCUGCGCUUAUGGCUUACUCCGUGAUGUUCGCACCUCAAGAACUAACCGUGAAGUUCCUCAUUGCCGCCAGCAUUGGACACCAAAUCUACAUCCUACUGUUACUGCGUAGCGCAAUGAUCGAAAUAAAACAGGCUUUAAAACAGAACGAGAACGAUUACGUGGUCAGAUAUCGAAAAACGAGCGGUCGAUAUGUACCAGGCACAAGAGAUAGGUACAGUGUUGUUAUCGAACCUUAUAGACGACGCUCAGCUAAUCCUUAUGAUAGAGAACUUUAUAGACGAAGCAGUUCAUUGGUUCCCUUUGGUAGAGAACCAUAUAGAAGUUCAUUAGUACCUUAUAAAGAAGAACCAGGGUGGCAAAGCUCAGUACCUUCUGUUCAAGAACAUGUAACAGUAGUCGAGGAAGAAAAGGCAACGGUUAUAGUACAUUCGCCAGCGAAGGAAGAGCUUGCUAAGGAAGUUGUUGAUAAGGAAGAGACGGCUAAAGAAGUGAAAGGGAAGGAAGAGAAGGGAAAGGAAGUGAAACGUAAGCGUAGCUUCUUUGGGAGGAAUGAGAAGGUGAAAAAACAUGAAAGCAAGAAUGUGAUAAACGAUGAUUGAAUCAUGUGCUUGUUUGAUAAAAUGUAUUACUGUUAUAAAUCAAAAUAAGGUUACACUUAAAUGUAGGUUUGUGACGAAGUGACUGAU